GAGAGAAAGGAGGCCUGGUGUCGGUUGGGUACGGAGAUGAUGACUUCACCCGCUUGGAUGGGGAUGAGGAGGGGUAUGAAGAGGAGGAUGAUGAGAACAGCAGGCAGUCAGAAGAUGACGAUUCAGAGACUGAAAAACCUGAGGCUGGUGACCUGAAGGAAUUCUCAGAACUGGAGAAAAGAGAUCCUCAGGAGCUAGUUGCUUCUUUUUCAGAGAGAGUGCGGAACAUGUCUCCAGAUGAGAUCAAAAUCCCUCCUGAGCCUCCUGGCAGAUGUUCUAACCACUUGCAGGAUAAAAUUCAGAAGCUAUAUGAGAGGAAAAUAAAAGAGGGCAUGGAUAUGAACUACAUUAUUCAGAGGAAAAAGGAGUUCCGCAACCCCAGCAUCUAUGAGAAGCUGAUCCAGUUUUGUUCAAUUGAUGAACUCGGUACAAAUUAUCCAAAGGACAUGUUUGAUCCUCAUGGCUGGUCAGAGGAUUCCUAUUAUGAGGCACUAGCUAAAGCCCAGAAGAUUGAAAUGGACAAACUGGAGAAGGCCAAGAAGGAACGCACAAAGAUUGAAUUUGUGACUGGCACUAAAAAGGGUACAACAACAAGCGCCACUUCUACAACAACCACAACAGCCAGUACCACUGUGGGAGAUGCCCAGAAGAGGAAGAGCAAGUGGGACUCGGCCAUCCCUGUAACAACGAUAGCUCAGCCCACCAUCCUCACCACUACUGCAACGCUGCCGGGUGUUGUCACAGUGACAACAAGUGCAAGUGGAUCCAAAACUACAGUCAUAUCGGCUGUGGGCACCAUUGUGAAAAAGGCAAAGCAGUGACUGGUGUGCUGGGCCUGGAUUUUCGGACUUAAUUGUCAUUGAAGCCAUUGUUCUCGAAAGGGAGGGGUUUCGCCUUUGGUAAAAGAUGACAAGAUUCUUUGAAACAGACCACAGUUCCCUUCUGAAAGAGUGGGGGCAGGAGCAGGCAUGCCAGCUGUGUGCCCCAAGGAAUGGACCUCUGCCGAAAAUGCCUCUGUCUUGUCUUGCUGCGGGAAGAUGCAGUCUGUGUGUGUUGUGCUGGAGGAAGGUGCUAUCUGAAGUCGGAUUAUAGAAAUCAGCUUAUUAAAUUACUGCGUUAGGUUCUUACCCUACUUGCAAGUCUGGUU